AUGGCUCAGUUGGCAGGGGCAGAUGAAAUAGAGUCUUUCCGUAUAGAGCUGGCAGAGAUUGGGAGGAGUAUAAGAUCCUCAUUUCGAAGUCAUGCCUCAAGUUUUCGGAGCGCCACCACUGUCAAUGCUGGAGACAAUGAUGUUGGUGGUGAUGAAGAACAUGACUUACAAUGGGCCGCAGUUGAGAGACUGCCCACUUUUGAGAGGAUAACUUGGGCUCUGUUUGAUGAAUAUGAUGGCACGUCUACAAAAGGAGACGGUAAAGGGAUACGGGUGGUUGAUGUUACCAAGCUUGGAGCUCAAGAAAGACGUGUUUUCAUUGAGAAGCUUAUCAAACACAUUGAAAAUGACAAUCUUCAAUUGUUGCAGAAGAUUAGACGAAGAAUAGACAAAGUCGGUGUAAAGUUGCCUACUGUGGAAGUGAGAUAUAAGAAUCUUUGUGUGGAAGCAGAGUGCAAGGUAGUUCAUGGCAAGCCCCUACCCACUCUAUGGAAUACUCUAAAGAGUUUGGUUUUGGGCAUCACAGAACUGACUGGUUCAAAAACGCGUGAAGCCAAGAUAAGCAUCAUCAAAGAUGUCAGUGGUAUUAUUAAGCCGGGAAGGAUGACUUUAUUGCUUGGCCCUCCAGGUUGUGGAAAAACCACAUUACUGAUGGCACUCUCAGGGAAGCUAAGCCAUUCUCUCAAGGUUUCCGGCGAAAUAUGUUACAAUGGUUAUAGACUAGAAGAAUUUGUUCCUCAGAAAACCUCAGCUUAUGUAAGCCAAUAUGAUGUGCAUAUUCCAGAGAUCACUGCAAGGGAAACAAUUGAUUUCUCUGCAUGUUGUCAAGGUGUAGGAAGUCGAACCGAGAUUAUGGUGGAAGUCAGUAGAAGGGAAAAGCAGGCAGGAAUAGUUCCAGAUCCUGAUGUAGAUGCUUACAUGAAGGCCACAUCUGUUAAGGGACUAAAAAAUACACUUCAAACUGACUAUAUUCUUAAGAUACUUGGUCUGGAAAUAUGUGCUGACACGUUGGUAGGAGAUCCCAUAAGAAGAGGAAUAUCCGGUGGUCAAAAGAAACGGUUGACUACAGGGGAAAUGAUUGUUGGACCUGCAAAAGCUCUGUUCAUGGAUGAAAUAUCUAAUGGCUUAGAUAGUUCUACCACUUUCCAACUUGUGUCUUGUCUUCAGCAUUUUGUGCAUAUCACAGAUGCAACUGCAUUGAUUUCGCUUCUUCAGCCUGCACCAGAGACAUUUGAUCUCUUUGAUGAUGUCCUCUUAAUGGCAGAAGGGAAGAUUGUGUUUCACGGGCCAAGAACAGAAAUUCUGAAUUUUUUUGAGGAGUGUGGGUUUAAGUGCCCAGAAAGGAAAGGUGUUGCCGACUUCCUUCAGGAGGUUAUCUCUAGAAAAGAUCAAGCACAGUAUUGGGACUGUGCAGAACAACCUUACAGUUACAUUUCUGUUGAUCAGUUCAUUAAAAAAUUUGAGGAUGGACAUCUUGGCUGGCAGCUAAAUGAGGAGCUCUCAAAGCCAUUUGAUAAGUCUCAGAGCCACAAGGAUGCUCUAUCCUUUAGAACAUACUCAUUACCUAAAUGGGAACUGUUUAAAUCUUGCACAAGGAGGGAAUUUCUUCUGAUGAAAAGGAAUUCUUUUAUUUAUGUUUUCAAAUCAAUUCAGCUAGUCAUAAUUGCUUCAAUAACGAUGACAGUUUUCCUCCGAACUCAAAUGGCUAUUGACAUGGUCCACGCAAAUUAUUAUAUGGGUUCUUUAUUCUAUGCACUCCUCAUACUUCUUGUUGAUGGCUUCCCAGAAUUGUCAAUGACUGUCUCAAGAAUUGGGGUUUUCUACAAACAGAAAGAGUUGUGUUUUUAUCCUGCUUGGGCUUACGCAAUCCCAGCUGCCAUCCUAAAGGUUCCACUUUCAUUCUUGGAGGCUUUUGUUUGGACAGUUCUUACAUACUAUGUUAUUGGUUACAGCCCUGAGGUUGGAAGGUUCUUUCGCCAGUUCCUUCUACUCUUUGCUGUCCACUUAACAUCAAUAUCCAUGUUUCGGUUUAUUGCUUCAUUUUUCCAAACCGUGGGUGCUUCUAUGACAGCUGGUAGUUCAGCAAUAUUGUCUGUUUUAUUAUUUGGUGGCUUUGUUAUACCAAAAUCUUAUAUGCCAGCUUGGUUGAAGUGGGGAUUUUGGGUUUCUCCUUUGACCUAUGGGGAGAUAGGAAUGACAGUUAAUGAAUUCCAAGCACCCCGAUGGGAACAGGUCUAUGCAAACACAACUCUUGGGCGACAAGUACUGGAAAGCCGUGGAUUAAAUUUUGAAGGCUAUUUUUAUUGGAUAUCAGUUGGUGCAUUAUUGGGAUUCACAGUACUAUUCAAUGUUGGUUUCACCUUGGCUUUGACACUCUUUAAGUCUCCGGGAAGGCCCCCUGCUCUAAUUUCUUACGAAAAGUACUGUCAACUACAAGGAAAAAGAGACAGCAAAACUGAUAUAGCAACAGAGGGGAAAUCCAUUAGUGCACCUAAAACUUCUGCAGAACCCAAGAAGGGAAGAAUGGUUUUGCCAUUUGAGCCCCUAGCCGUAGCAUUUCAGGAUGUACAAUACUAUGUUGACACCCCUUUGGAAAUGAGAAAGCGGGGCUUCACAGAAAAAAGGCUCCAGCUUCUUUCUGAUAUUACAGGUUCUUUCAGGCCAGGUAUACUAACAGCAUUAAUGGGUGUCAGUGGGGCUGGGAAAACAACUCUCAUGGAUGUUCUCUGUGGAAGGAAAACUGGUGGUACCAUUGAAGGGGAAAUAAGAAUUGGUGGUUACCCAAAGGUGCAAGAUACAUUUGCUCGGAUAUCAGGUUAUUGUGAGCAAAGUGACAUACAUUCUCUACAUAUAACUGUGCAAGAAUCAGUAGUGUACUCUGCUUGGCUGCGGCUCCCUUCUCAGAUUGAUUCAAAUACUAAAGCUGAAUUUGUAAAUGAAGUCCUUGAAACUAUUGAGCUUGAUGGGAUUAAAGACUGCUUAGUGGGCAUGGCAGGGGUUAGCGGUUUAUCAACUGAGCAGCGCAAACGACUGACCAUAGCUGUGGAACUCGUUGCCAAUCCAUCUAUCAUGUUCAUGGAUGAACCAACUUCAGGUUUAGAUGCACGGGCAGCUGCUAUUGUUAUGAGAGCGGUGAAAAAUGUUUCUGCAACAGGAAGAACGGUUGUUUGUACCAUCCACCAACCAAGUAUUGACAUUUUUGAGGCAUUUGAUGAGUUGAUUCUCAUGAAAACUGGAGGACACAUAAUCUAUUGUGGCCCACUAGGGAAGAACUCAAGCAGGGUCAUUGAGUACUUUGAGAGUAUCCCCGGGUUGCCCUCAAUGAAAGACAAUUAUAACCCAGCAACAUGGAUGCUAGAAGUCACUUCAAAAUCUGCAGAAGCUGAGCUUGGUAUAGAUUUUUCACAAAUUUAUAAGGAAUCUGCCUUGAAUGAGAAGAACAAGGGGUUAGUCAAGCAAUUGAGUUCACCAUCUCCUGGCUCAAAGGUUUUGCAGUUUCCUACCCGUUUUCCUCAGAAUGGUUGGGGGCAGUUCAAAGCGUGCUUCUGGAAACAGAACUUGUCUUAUUGGAGAAGUCCUUCAUAUAAUCUGACACGGAUCAUUUUUAUGUCUUGCUCAUCUCUGCUGUUUGGAAUACUCUUCUGGAAUCAAGGAAAGAAAAUAGAUAGCCAGCAAGACAUCUUCAAUAUAUUUGGUUCGAUGUUCUGUGCAAUAAUCUUCUUUGGCAUAAACAACUGCUCAACAGUUCUACCAUUUGUUGCCACAGAGCGAACUGUUCUAUAUCGAGAAAAGUUUGCAGGAAUGUUCUCUUCAUGGGCCUACUCAUUUGCGCAGGUGCUGGUUGAGGUUCCCUACUCAUUCAUUCAAGCAGUUCUUUACGUGGUCAUCACAUACCCGAUGAUUGGUUACGACUGGUCUGCCUAUAAGAUAUUUUGGUCAUUCUAUGGCAUGUUCUGCACACUACUAAGCUUCAAUUACCUAGGAAUGCUACUGGUUUCCUUGACACCAAAUGUUCAGGUGGCGUCGAUUGUGGCAUCAUCUGCCUACACAAUGCUGAAUUUGUUUUCUGGGUUCGUCAUUCCAAGACCACAAAUCCCAAAGUGGUGGCUCUGGUUGUAUUAUUUAUGUCCUACAUCAUGGGCACUAAAUGGAAUGCUUACAGCGCAGUAUGGAGAUAUACAGAACAAGAUCCUGGCGUUCGGGGAGACUAAAACUGUUGCAGCCUUCUUAGAAGAUUACUUUGGGUUUCACUACAACCUUUUAGGCCUUGUUGCUGUUGUUCUUAUUCUCCUCCCCAUUGUGUUUGCUUCUCUUUUUGCAUACUUUAUUGGAAAAUUAAACUUCCAGAGGAGGUAAACGUUCAGAAUCUGUAUCUGGAUUUAAUAGAUACAUGUAUGAAGUAUGAUGUAUCUUCUCAAAAAGCUAAUUCCUUCAA